GAUUCAGAUCUACUUUCUAUUUUCUCCCUCUCUGAAAUCCUUCGCCCCCCCCCUUAAGAAUCAGAUUCAUCUAUUCAAUCAAGAUGCAGAUCUUCAUCAAAACCUUAACCGGAAAGACCAUCACCCUCGAGGUUGAGAGUUCCGAUACCAUCGAUAAUGUCAAAGCUAAGAUCCAGGACAAGGAGGGGAUUCCCCCAGAUCAGCAGAGGCUGAUCUUUGCCGGCAAACAGCUUGAGGAUGGCCGCACCCUUGCCGACUACAACAUCCAGAAGGAAUCCACCCUCCACUUGGUGCUCCGUUUGAGGGGUGGUAUGCAGAUCUUUGUCAAAACCCUAACCGGAAAGACUAUCACCCUUGAGGUGGAGAGCUCUGAUACAAUUGACAAUGUUAAGGCAAAGAUCCAGGACAAGGAGGGCAUCCCCCCAGACCAGCAAAGGCUGAUCUUUGCUGGAAAGCAGCUUGAGGAUGGCCGCACCCUUGCCGACUACAACAUCCAGAAGGAAUCCACCCUUCAUUUGGUCCUCCGUUUGAGAGGAGGUAUGCAGAUAUUUGUGAAGACACUGACUGGCAAGACGAUUACCCUCGAGGUGGAGAGCUCAGACACAAUUGACAACGUGAAGGCUAAGAUCCAGGACAAGGAAGGCAUCCCCCCAGACCAGCAGCGUCUUAUCUUUGCUGGAAAGCAGCUUGAAGAUGGCCGCACUCUUGCUGAUUACAACAUUCAGAAGGAAUCCACCCUCCAUCUGGUUCUCCGACUGAGGGGAGGUAUGCAGAUCUUUGUUAAGACUCUGACUGGAAAGACCAUCACCCUCGAGGUUGAAAGCUCGGACACCAUUGAUAAUGUGAAGGCAAAGAUACAGGACAAGGAAGGCAUUCCCCCAGACCAGCAGCGAUUGAUUUUUGCUGGGAAGCAGCUUGAAGAUGGCCGGACCCUUGCAGAUUACAACAUCCAAAAGGAAUCCACCCUCCAUUUGGUGCUCCGUUUGAGAGGAGGCAUGCAGAUAUUUGUCAAGACCCUUACUGGUAAGACAAUCACGCUUGAGGUUGAAAGCUCGGACACCAUUGACAAUGUUAAGGCCAAAAUCCAGGACAAGGAAGGGAUUCCCCCAGACCAGCAGCGAUUGAUCUUUGCUGGAAAGCAGCUGGAGGACGGACGUACCCUUGCGGAUUACAACAUCCAGAAGGAAUCUACACUGCACUUGGUUCUCCGGCUUCGUGGUGGAAUGCAGAUUUUUGUGAAGACAUUGACGGGUAAAACCAUCACCCUGGAGGUUGAGAGCUCUGAUACGAUUGACAAUGUCAAGGCAAAGAUCCAAGAUAAGGAGGGGAUCCCACCAGACCAGCAACGGUUGAUCUUUGCAGGGAAGCAAUUGGAGGAUGGGAGGACCUUGGCUGAUUACAAUAUCCAAAAGGAGUCCACCCUUCACCUUGUCCUCCGUCUUCGUGGUGGUUUCUGAAUCGAUCUGCUUGAUGGGCCAUGGCAAAAUGUUGUGUUGUGCUAUCAUUGAACUGCUUGUUGUUUAUGUCUGUGUGUUGUUUUUAUAUGUUGUUGUGAACUUUGUAUGUGUUUUGCCUGCCAUUAUGAUGGCGAGAUUUUAAUGUUUUCUUGUGUUGAAAUUUAGUUGUGUGGCUUUUGUGAUUGCCAUGAAUAUUACUGUGUUCUGGUGUUUCGUUUACACUGGGUUAUGUGUCAUUGUGCCUCCCCUAGAGGCUUCCUGCAAUUUGCAAUUUCAAGCUUUUGAUUCCCUUUUGUGUCAAUGUACCCUUUUUUUAUGCAUACUAUGAAUGCAUAACACUUUAAUGGAGCUGAAGAAAUCUAAUAUCCACUA